AUGAGUAGCAAACUCUGGCAGUAUUUUCUCCAAGAUGAUGUCGAAAGCUUCAAGCGGUUUCUGGCAGAGGCCUCUAGUUCCCGUACACAUUGGAAAUCUACAACGCCCACAUCUUCCGCUUUCACAUCCACAGGGACUGCCACUCUGGGAGUUUCUCCAGGCUCAUUCUUGAAGAAUCGCCCACCUACCUCAUCGUCCCCAAAGCAGCUGCCGGAUAAACACCCUUCCUCGUCAACGCGGAAUGCGCCAAUUGCAUUAACCCGUGCUGAUGUCAAUACCAAGGACCAAUAUGGUCGCUCGUUGUUGCACCUUAUAGCCUCGUCGCAGAAGGAGCAUGCGAUUGACUUUGCGACUGCGUUGCUGGAGGUGCCGUCCGUCGAUAUAUAUGCGCAGGAUUUGGAGAGUGGAUGGACUGCGCUGCACCGAGCGUUAUAUGCCGGGAAUGUGACCAUUGCACACGCGCUAAUUGUCAGGGAUAUUCGCGAUGCUACUGGUUUUAGGAUGCCUGGUGGAGUUCACCAUCCCUCCGGUGGCCUUAUUAAGAUCAAGGAUCGCGAAGGGAACAGUCCCUUUGAUGUCUUCGGGGCGACCAUUUUACCCCGUGAUAUCGUCAACCGGUCUUCGGAACAUGAAUACACAUCAGACGAGAAAUAUUCCGUGUCCACCGAUUCUUCUGUCGCAUCCGAAUCUGAUCACGAUAUUGGGGGAGGCAGAGCAAGACCUGCAGUAAACUUAUGUGGUGACGAGGUAUUCACUUUUGGUAGCAAUAAAAAUCUGAAUCUUGGACUGGGAGAUGAAGGCGAUCGCCAAUUUCCGGAACGAAUCGCUUUGACCCGUCCGGACCAUUUGCUAUACACGUUCCACCGCGAGUAUGAAACUAUUCGUGCCGCGCGUACGGGAUCGGAUCCCAGCGCUGUGCAUCCUGAUAUAAACUCUGUGACCGAGAUACCCACCUUGGUACGGGCCCGGCCUAUUAGCUUCAGACAAAUUGUAAUGUCUAAACUACACACCGGAAUACUUACGAAUGACCCAGUGUCAAAUUUGUUUAUUUGCGGUUUUGGUCCAGGAGGGAGAUUGGGGACUGGAGACGAAAAUACAAGGUUCAGUUUCGUUUGUAUCGAGGGAGGCGGCCUUGCGGGAAAGAAGGUCGUUGCUUUGGCUUUGGGACAGGACCAUUCUAUCGCCAUCAGCGAACAGGGAGAAGUGUUCUCAUGGGGAAGUAAUAAAAAUGGCCAACUGGGCUACACUCUUCCCCAGACGAACAAAAAGAACGAUGUUCCUAUCCAAACCAUCCCACGACAAAUCUUCAACCCUUUCAAGAAAGAAGCCAUUAUCGGCGCAGCAGCAUCAUCUAUCCAUUCCGUUGUAUUUACCCCCACAAGUUUAUACACUUUUGGUAAAAACGAAGGCCAGCUAGGCCUUAUUGAUGCUGAUGCCCGUUCCCUCGAGUCGCAAACGAUUCCUCGACGAGUAGGGGCAUCGCUUUUCAGCUCUCCCAUUGUUAUGGUUUCAGCCAUCGACCGAGCCACGAGCUGCCUGCUCGAAAACCAUGAGGUCUGGGUCUUUACGCACUAUGGUUAUUCAAAAAUAGUUUUUCCGCUCGACGGGACCUCGAGCUUCAUAAGAGACAGCUUCAUGUCGACCAGAUACGGCUCAUCGACCAAUUACAUAUCCAAAAUUACAUCUGGUGGCAAUACUAUAUGUGCCAUGUCGAGUUUUGGUGAGGUUUAUACAGUUAACGUUAGCCGCAAGCCUGAUAUCAGUUCUACGGCCUCAUCUACAACCAACCCAGCCAAGAUUCGUAACUCGCUACCCCAACCGUCUCGUGUGUGGUCUAUCAAAAAGGUCCACAUGGCCGUCCGAGAUGUUGACGUUGGUCAAGAUGGGUCGAUCAUCAUAUGUACCGAAUCCGGAUUCGCCUGGAGGAAGGAGAAACUUGCAAAGAUCAAGGAUGCCGACAGUAAAAUUUCAGGAGAGACUCGGUUGAAGGAUUACAAAUUUGUUCGCGUUCCGGGCCUUUCCCGCGUCGUGGCUGUUAGGAGUAAUGCGUAUGGAGCUUUUGCAGCUGUCCAGCGUGGGUGCAAUGUGGCAAGAGAGCAAAUCUGCGUUGACACCUGCAUGCUAUGGCGUGAUUUAAAGCCCCUUUCGCCGUUUGAUGGUAUAUUAAAGCAGGGAGAUUCUGACAGCCGUACGUCAAUGUCUAUGGAUGUUAUGAUCGGGGACAAAUACAUCAAACCGUGCAACCUUGAGUCGGCGAUUAAGUCUACCUUGGACAACGCUGCUCUCUCCAACCAUUUUCUCAAUUCGAUCGUUUGGGUAUCCACGACAUCUUCAGAUGUACGAAUUCCCGUUCACGAGUUUAUACUGGCUGCUCGUAGCUCGGUUUUGAGGCGAGCAUUCUCUGAGUUCCGCAAGACGUAUUAUUAUUCCAUCCUGGACGUCUUCGGCAUUGAGUAUGACAAGAACGGACAUAUCACGAUCAAAUUCAAUGACGUCGAUUUUCUAUCCAUAUUCAUUUUGGCUCUUUAUUUGUAUACUGAGGAGAUCUAUGAUGUCUGGACGCUGGCACGGCAGUCGCCAUCACAGGCUGCAGACUACAAACGAGUUCGAAUUGAAGUCUUAAAGAUAUCUACGGUGCUUGAGCUUCAGGCUCUUGAGCGUGCAUCGCGGUUAAUGACGUUACCGCAUAAGCGCUUAAAUUUAGAUAUGGAGCGAGCGUUUAAGGAUCCUAAUUUCUUCGAAAAUUCCGAUGUUAUUAUUGAACUUGAUGGCGGCGAUAUGAAAGCCCACAGCCAGAUUUUAUGCAAACGCUGCCCCUUUUUUGAUGGUUUGUUCUACGGCAGAGCUAGUGGCCGCUGGUUGGCUGGCAGGCGCGCUGGCUCGCCCGAUUCCAUAGAUCCUCUUCGGAUCGAUUUGAAGCACAUCAGUCAUGACAUCUUCAAGUUCGUAAUGCGUUACAUAUACGCAGAUACGGAUGAUGAACUUUUCGAACAUGUUAAGUUGAAUGAUUUGGCAGACCUGAUUGAUUUGGUUAUUGAUGUUAUGGCCGUUGCGAAUGAGUUAAUGCUGGACCGCCUCGCACAGAUAUGCCAAAAGUUGCUGGGCCGUUUUGUUAACAAUCGGAAUGCAUGCCACUACUUAAAUGCGGUUGCACCAUGUUCGGUGACGGCAUUCAAGAAAGCUGCGUUGGAAUAUGUUUGUUUGAAUCUUGAAACCAUCCUGGAAAAUAGACUUCUUGACGAUCUGGAUGACGAGCUCUUCCGUGAACUCGAUGAAGUUUGCCGAGCAAACCAACUAAAUUGCCAGCCGAUAUCCAGAGGUCGGAAUUCCGAGGACUACGUCGCAGAAAGGUAUCCGGAGAUUGUCCCCUUCGUGGGGCAGGAUAGACAGCGACGGAUUGAUUCAAUGAGACUUCGGACCCGUCGGCACGAGGACGAAUUGCGUGAGGGGAAAUUCCGCCAGGGUUCAGUGGAGAAGGGCAUUCCAUCUUUACCACUUGCUCGUAAGGCUAUCGCGCCUGAACCAGCGUAUAGGGGGGCAGAGCCAAAUGUUGAGGAAAACACCGUCCUGAAGUCGAAACAAUCUACAGGUGACUUGAUUUUCCAAAUGGAUGACGAAAAUUUGCCCUCUGAUGAUCAGCCAGAGGGGAAAUCCCCUUCCAGGAUUGGUAUUUCCCAGCAAUUACAAGGAAAAUUUGAUCAUGGCGAUUCCAGAAGACAUCCCUUGCAUGCUGUUGAAAAAGCAAACGAUCCCGGAUUAGAAACGUACGCACCGUCGCCGACUCAAAUUGGUGCAUCUACACCUAUGGCAAAAUCUCAAGUAAGAGCGUCUAUAGGAGCCCCUUGGAGUUCUGUUGGACCUUCAGGUUCCAAGGCUGGCUUGAAGGAUAUCAUGGCAGAAGCCUUGGGAUCCUAUUCAUCGGGCACAGGCUUGAAUAAAUCGUCCCGAUGGGAUGUGCCCGCAAGUAAACUCACUGCAUCAAAGCUCUCGCAGAGAGAACGCAAGAAGCUCCAGUAUCAGCAAGCGCAGGAAUUGUUUGCAGAACAAGAGGCAUCUAGAUCAACGCCCGCAUCGCCCUGGCAAACUGUCAACAUCAAAUCGAAUUCAUCACUAAAAACACAAACAGAAAGCCACUGUCCACAAAAUGUCUCCGUGCCUACUCGCACUCCCUCCAAGGUACCGAUGACAUUGCGGCAAACCGUUUCAGGCGCCCGGUCACCGCAAAGUAGCACACCAACACCCCCUAAACAGAAACAACAUGCACAAAGCCCUGAAAUAGUGCCCUCUUCAUUAACCAAAGCCUCACCCCGCCCCAUCACCAAGAAAGAUUUCGUCCCACGGAGUUCCCUUGGAGCUAUGUCAACCCACACAACAACGCUAAUCCAACCCACACCACGAUCACUCACCUACAAUAUCACCCCUCGGAACAAACCCGACCAACAACAACAACAACAACAACAACGAUACAUUUACUCCUCACCCUCCCCCUCUACCAGCCAACUCUCUCUUGCCUAUAUCCUCAAAGAGCAGCAGAGCGAGAAAGAUGAGCUCCGCGAAUCAGUCACUGCCAAGCACAAAUUGCAGGAUAUCCAGCUUGAGCAGGAGUUUCAGGAAUGGUGGGAUCAGGAAAGUAAGCGGGUGCGGGAGGAGGCGGAGAGGGCGGAAUUGGCGGCGAAAAAGGAUACGAGGACGGGAGUGGGGAGCGGAAAAGGACGGUGGAGAGGUUGUGAUAGAAAUGGCGGGGGUGGAAAUCGAAAUAGAUCCACGGGGCGUGGACCUGAGUCUGGGCCUGGGAAGAGCAAGAGUCCAGGUCAAGCCCGCUCUGACCGGGAACGAAGGUAUGGUGGUGGUAGCGUAGGAAAUAUUUCCGAUGCCUUAGCCACGGCGGCGAGCAUUGAAAAAGGGCCUUCUGCUUCUCUAACCCAGAAUACUGCGAACCAGGAUAGUAGGAGAUCCUUUCCUGAUCGUGGACGUGGAGGUAGUCGCUGGCAGGGCCAUGGUCAUGGUCAUGGGCCCUCUAUAGGGGGUACGAGAAGCGGCCUUGGGAACGGCAAAGAGAAGGAGAGGGUAGGGUCGUCGUCCUAG